CUUACUAACUAGUGAAACAGCAACAGACCGUUACUUCACUGAACCUGCGUCUUUCAGCAAAAACUGAAAAUGAAGCAUGUCUCUAUUUUUCUCUUUUUGCUUUUGUUUGUUCGUGGCCAUGAUAUAGUGCCAGUGUCUGUGUUAGAGGGAGAUUCAGUCACUCUAUACACUGAUAUUGAAACAAUCCAACAAGAAGAAAUUAGAUGGUAUUUUAAUGACUUUUGCAUUGCUGAAAUCAAUGGAGAUCAGAGUAAGAACAGUACAGAUGUUCAGUGUAAUAAUGGUGCAGAGAUAUUCAGAAACAGACUGAAGGUGAAUUAUAUGACUGGAUCUCUGACCAUCACUAACAUCAGCACCACAGACUCUGGACUCUAUAAACUACAGAUCAACAGCAGCAGCGACAGUCUUCUUCAGCUCCUCAGUGUUUCGGUCUAUUAUGCUCCAGAAGGAGAUAAAAUGAAGACAAAGUCGGUGAAGGAGGGAGAAUCUGUUAUUUUAGAUCCUGGUGUAGUGAAAACCACAAAUUAUUUGAUGAAAUGGAUUUUUAAUGACAUUCGCAUCGCUGAAAUCAAUGGAGAUCUUAGUUUUAUUUGUACAGAUGUUCAGUGUUUAUAUGCUGAUGUCAGAUUCAGAGGCAGACUGAAGCUGAAUCAUAUGACUGGAUCUCUGACCAUCACAAACACCAGAACCACAGACUCUGGACUCUAUUAUCUACUGAUAACCACCAUCAGAUUCAGCAUCUUAAAGAGCUUUAGUGUUGAUGUCACUGGUUAUGUUGAUGCAGAGAGAGUGACAGUGAUGGAGGGAGAUUCAGUCACUCUACACACUGAUGUUGAAACAAACCAACAAGAAGAGAUUAGAUGGUAUAUUAAUGACAUCCGCAUCGCUCAAACCACUGGAGAUCUCAGUUUUAUCUGUACAGAUGUUCAGUGUAAAUAUAGUGAUGAGAGAUUCAGAGACAGACUGAAACUGGAUCAUCAGACUGGAUCUCUGACCAUCGGAGACACCAGAACCACAGACUCUGGACUUUAUCAUAAUCAAGUCAUCAGCGGCGGCAGCAGCAUCAGUCACGAGACGUUCGGUGUUACUGUCUGUGGUGUUUCUGCUGCUGAACGAGAUGAAAUGAAGAGAAAGUCAGUGAAGGAGGGUGAAUCUGUCACUUUAGACACUGGAAUGAUAAAAAACCCAAAUGAAGUGAUGACAUGGUAUUUUAAUCACACUCUCAUUGCUGAAAUCACUGGAGAUCAGAGUAAGAUCUGUACAGAUGAACAGUGUAAAGAGAGAUUCAGAGACAGACUGAAGCUGGAUCAUCAAACUGGAUCUCUGACCAUCAUGAACAUCACAAACACAGACUCUGGACUCUAUAAACUAAAGAUUAGCAGCGGCAGAAUCAGCAUCAAAAAGAGCUUCAAUGUCACUCUACCUAUGGUUUCAGAUCCUGGUCUGUCUCCAGCCGCUGUAGCAGGAAGAGUAGGCCUAUGUGUUGGUGUAGCUGCUGUUUUACUGUUCUUUAUUGCUGGUGUGAUUUACUAUCGCAAACGUCAAGCAGGACAACAACGUGUUUACAGAUGUCGUUACAGACAGACAUGGUGAUGCAGUUCCGUAAACAGAUGGAUAAAGACCCUGUUGAUGACUCCUGCCAAUGAAUCCAACUGAAACUGAGCCUGCUGAUGAGUCAUCACAGUAACUUUAUUUAUUAUGUUGAUACUUUCAUUGAAAGGGAACAUAAAGAAAGGUUGGGCAACUAAUAGUGUCACGAUACCAAGAUUUCAGUACCAAAGCUAGUGAAACUUGACCCCAAUUUCAACUAAUUCAAAUUUAAACUAAUUUGCUAUAAUUCAAUUUUAAAGUCAUAAUUAAAUAAAAGUAUUUUGAUAUCGCUUUUUUGACUAUUUACAUAUGUGACUUGAAGGAAUCCGAAAGUAAUCAGAUUACAUUACUUUCAUAUCAUGGUACUUGAAUUACGUUACUGAAUACUUUUUUAAAUAAAGUAAUAAGUAACUGUAAUGGAAUACAUUUCAAAAGUAACCCUCCCAACCCUGGAUAUAAAUGAGCUUGUUUCUUCAUCAGAAUAGAUGUGGAGAAAUUUUGCAUUACAUCACUUGAUCACCAAUGCAUCCUCUGGAGUGAUUGGACACAAACCUACACCCAACAGCCAUAGACAGACAUGAGCUGACAAUAAACUCAGGAAAGACUUGUACACAAUGCACAGUGGCCUAGUGGUAAUGCUGGGAAUAUGCAUAUAAUAAUCAGGGACUAUUCAAACAAGAAAAACUGGGGAUUUUUUGUUUGUUUGUUUACAUACAUUUGCAUCAAACUUUUAUUUUUGGGUGAACUUUUCUAUGUUUGUAUUAUUAUUUGUAUUUUUUAUAAUAUGCUUGCAUAUUUAUUACAACUUUUAGAUAUUUGCAUGAUCUCAAAGUGUAUCGUGCUGCUUAUUUUUAAAAAAUGUUCUCAGAAACAACAUUUCACUGUCAGAGCCGAAGUAUUGUAAUUUGCCAAAAUCCUCUCAAAAACCUUAGUAGAAGAAAAAUAUUUUAUAAAAUAUAGAAAUAUUUUAUAUAUUACAUUUUAUAUGUAUUAUAUUUUUAUAUGUAUUUCUUGUUAUAUUGCUUGUUGUGUAAUGUAUGAGUACAAUUACCCUGCCUCAUUGUUUAAUGUAUUUAGUUAAUAUAUUAUGUUUGAUGUUUUAUUAUUUUGUUGCCACAUAUGGGCAGUUGUGUAAUUGCUGCAUAGGUAUUGUAUUUAAAAUACAGAAUUCGAAACUUAAGUGUGCCAGGUGUACAGAGGCACAGUGUACAGUUUCCCGGUCAAAAUCUUUAGCGUGGUUAGUAUGUGCUAGAAUAGCUCAACCAGCUCAACUCUUUUGACAUGGACAAUGCACACCAGUGAAAGGAGUGAAAUUUUGUUCCUAUGAAAUUAAUUCCUCAUGAAGCCAAAACUCAGGAACUCUCACAACACAUGCCAUGCAACCAAACUAUAAACUUUCUAAUCUGACAGGAAGAUCUAGAAGAAACAACUGUCGUUUCACCCACCCUUAAACUCGCCUCCUUCCUUGCUGGGCAGAUGGCCCAGAUCACCAAAAGUUGACUUAGGCGUGUCAAGAACUCAAGUUACUAUACUUAUUUCAUGCAUUUACUGUAUCUUCAGAAUUAAUAAUCAUAACCCUUACAUGUUUUGUAUCGUUCUAAAGGUCCGUGCGAUUGGUAAACUGGUCUCAAUUUCACAGUAGUCACUUAUAUUAUGAGAUUAUUGUAGAAUUGUGUUCUGCUGCUGAGGGGUGUGUCCCCCUUUAGGGGUCUGUGAGAAUGUGUAUCUAUCUCCAACCAGGUGCAAUCCUGGAGCAUGAGAACCUAAAAACCAAAAGGUAUUUUAUGUUUUUACAACUGAUUUGUUGUUUGGUCUGAGUAUAUAAGGGCAGUGACAAAAUAUUACGAUGGGAUUCUGUAGUCAGAAAACCUCACACAACAUAUGUGAGACUGUGGCGCUUUGCACUGGAACUCUCAUACUGCUGUUUGUCUCUCUGCUGUCAGGUAUGCAUUUCAUUUUUAUUCAAAAGUGUAAUUGUGCCCAUAGAACACGCUGUAUAGUUGUUUGUGCUGCUACACGUGCAUAUAUAGGCUAGUUAAAUGUAUUCUUUAAAACCAUGAUUGCUUUGCUGUAAGUGUUCUUUGAAAUACUUAGGUAAGAGGUUGUAGAUGCUACAUGCAUUCUAGACCAUUCAUGCAUCCCAAUGUGCAUACUAUCCACCCUAUCUGCCCUAAAUAGUAUUGAAAAUGACUAAUGUCACAUGACAUUCUUGACUGAAUAACUUCUUCAUCUUUAUAAGGAUUAAUCUAUAAAUAUGUGGGAACAGUGGCAUACCUUGGGGCCUUCAAGGCCUUGACUUUUUCAAACUGCUCGGAAUCCAGCAAUCCAACAAAAAUUGCUGGAUGCCCUACUGGGACAUCACUAGGUUUACAGUGGUCUCAAAUUCAAUUCCUGGAGGGUCAUAGCUCUAGAGAGUUUAGCUCCAACCAGCUCCAACUCACACCUGCUUGGAUGUUUCUAGUAAUCCUGAAGAACGAAUUACAACUACUCCCGUUACUGUACUGUACUGUAAUUUUUUACAAUAAUUUUUGAAUUAAUAACAGAACCCUCAUGUAAUUUUCAAAAUUCUAGACACAUAGUUCACAACCGAUGAUCAAAAUGCACAUUUUUCAAAACACUUAACACUUUUUCCAAACGCUUGGAUACAAUACACAUGAACCAAAGAUCUUUUAUUCAUUGAACUAAAAUCAUUGUUUCAAAAUGACACAACUUAACAUCAAAGUAUCACUAUUUCAAAAUGCAACCCACACAUUACAUCUGAACUUAUUGUCUAAUAAUUUCAAUACAAUGAUCUAACUAUCAAUUGAUACAACUGCUCAAAAUGCUACAUAACUGUUGCAUUACUCUCGAAGCAUAGUUUUUAUGGAAAAUGAUGAACAAUAUUAAAUGUUUAGAUUAUGAAAGCAACUGAGGACUGAGUAUGUUCAGGUAUGAUCAGUUUUAAGAUGCCUGUUGUUGGGAGAAAAAAAAAAAAAUCCCAAAAAAUUCUAUAUCAUUGUUAUUUGUUUUUCCUACAGUAAAUAUCUUUUUAAAGGGUGAUGGAGCUGGAAGCUGAUGAAAACCAUUUAAAUUUUUGGAUGAGGCAGGCUUUACCCUGACCAUGACAUGGAGGUGAGGUUGAGAGUACAGCGGUUGAGAGGGGCCCAGAACUAUGUUUGUUGGGGGCUUAACCACCCCCCACUGAAUGUGAUUUUGAGGGGACCCCAUAGCAAAAUCAGUGCAAUGGGCCCAGAAUUCCUAGCGACAGCACUGAGAGCAAUCAUGGUUUCAGGCCAUCCAUAGUUUAUCACCUCGUAUUGAACCCCAUACUCCCGAGAAGGCCCACCACUGUGUGGGAAACCUCACAGUAAAUACUGCUCAAUAUUGAGCAAAGUUAGUAAGAGUCUCACGCAGGAGCAGCACUGAAAGGAAAUUAUAUGUAAGGAAUAAUUGACGACGGGCCGUUGGAUUAUUAGAAAAAUAAUGCACACCUGAGGUGGUGAUGCGGUCACGACGCGAAGCGGAGUGGCCGUUAUACCUCGGGUGUGCAUUAUUUUUCUAAUAAUUCAACGGACCGAAGUCAAUUAUUCCGCUUAUACUGCCACACCUCAAGACAUCGAUCAGAUGAUAUAUUUCAAGGCAUUCGUCCAGUAUUUCUACUUAAAUUGCUAUUAUGAGUAGGAUUAUUUCUUCCGCAUCUCAUCCAACGCCUCUGUUGCUAAUUCCAAAACGUCAUUUUAAACCUAGUAACGGAGGCUUGAGCCGUUGAUAACAGACUAAUGCAGUUAAUACAGUUAAUAACUAAUAAGUUGUGAGAGAGAGAGAGAGAGAGAGAGAGAGAGAGAUUACCUCUGUGUGUCUCUCAAUAGUGUUCGGCAGCAAUGUCUCUAGUUGUAGUGAAAUUUAGUUCCUUUUGUUCACGAACAGCGCCGUUGUUGUUCCCUCGCUUGUGAGAAAUCAUGUAGUUUUUAAGUCGUUUACUGAUAAAAUCGUAAGAGUAGCGCUAACAGCAUUAGCGCGAUGUAUGUUAGUGUGUGUGCAAACUGUAACUGUUAUGUAUGUGUGGUCUGUGAGGGAGAGAGAGCGGGAGAGAUAGAGUAUGUGUUUUCUGUACAUAAUAAAGCGUAAUUUUGUGGCAAAAACAUGGACAUGAUCUGUCGUUUUUAUCAUAUUGUUUAUUUAUUUGGCCAGUGUAGUUGUGGGUCUUGGUUAUUUUGCGGUUGUAAGACCUUUUGAAAUAACAUAAAUCAUUUGGCGAAGUGAUAUGGUCAUGUAAUGCGCGGUCAAGAGCUGCCUGGAACUACGUUCGCCGUGCGGUUCCCUGAAAAUAAUUGCACACCUCAGAACGUUCGGCAGCCAAUCAGAUUCAAGCAUUCAACGGCCCCGUAGUAUAAGAAAGAAUAUAUGAAUGAAUGAAUUCUAUGAAUGCAUAAGGGGAAACCAACUGUCUUCACAAAUGUUUCAAUGGCAUUUGCUUUUCAUCUUCCCUCAUUGUAAAGCCUAAUAAAGCACAGCUUUGUUUACAGCUGUUACCAUGGAAACAGCUCUAUUUCUGCUGUUCAUAAGCGCCACCUGCUGUCAGACAGUGGAUUUACAUUUUCACUCAGUCUGUCUGCCCUUUCAAUUCAGACCAAUGCGAAAAUUAGUGCAAAUUUGUUGUAAAUCAGUCCAAUAGAUGGAAAACAAGCUGAUGUGCAUUCUAAUAAUUUCAACACUUCAGAUAAAGUACCCUAUUUAAAAUUGUUUAUGGAGCAGAUAAAAUGCCUAUAAUUUAUCAUUUUGAUCCCUAAAAAUGAUUGAAAGACUGAAAUGUGAGGUUUAGCCUAUCAUGUCAUAAAUGAUGUAACUAUACCAUGAUAAUAUUGAUAACUGUGAUUAUGGUCACUAUAAUCAUGAUUUGAAAUGUCCUGUUUCAUCUCUAAUUUAUAAGUGUAUACAUUUUAGUAUUUUGUUGCAGAAUAGUACUGUUAGACCUACCUGAAAAACUUACAGCACUGUUUAUUAUAAACAAUAAUAAAACAUACGCAGCAAACUUAUUUUUGGUUCAGUAUGUUGAGUGAUUGUUCAAUA